AUGUCGUCCGUUGGCGGUGGAGGUCAGGCGUCGCCUGGUUCGCAGCACCAGGCCAGCCCAAACCUCGACGGCGCCGCUGGAGCCGCCAAAGACGGCAGCACCAAGGCCAAGGCAGCCGCCGACUCGACCAACACCAAAGCCCGCAAGAGAACCAAGACCGGAUGCUUGACGUGCCGGAAGCGCCGCAUCAAGUGCGGAGAGGAACGGCCCAUCUGCAACAACUGCGUCAAGUCGAAGCGUCACUGCGAGGGCUACAACCAGCGCGUCAUCUUCAAGCCGCCCAUCGGUGACUGGCCCGGCAGCACCCCCGCGAGCACCCUCCCCUACCACAGCGGCGUCAUCCCCGGCGGCCGCCCCGUCUUCCAGCAGCCCUUUCCCGGCUCCCAGGCCUCGGGCAUGCCGUAUGGCGCUCUGCAGCCCGGCCAGCAGCAGUAUCCGCUGCCGCAAUACGGCCAGUUCACCGGAGUCGACCCCUUCACUGGCGGCGCCUUCACCAGUGGGCUGGUUCAAGACAGCUCAUAUGUCGCCCAGACGCCCCCGUACAGCCAAGCAAUGGACCACGCCUCAUAUCAACAGCGUUCGUACUCGAUGGGUUCCAUGCAGCCAGAAUACUCGCGGCAAAUCCAGCCUCAGCCCUCAUAUCCCCUACAAGCACAAAGGCAGUCCGUACACUUGCCGUAUCACACCACCGCGAACAUGGGACAAGGGAUACCCGCAUAUUCUCCCCCACCACAAGAUCAACAAUAUGGCCAGCACAAUCACGCGCCGCAACAGACCCAGUACAGCCAAGGUUUCCAGUACCCUGCAGCGACCACGGCGGCUGAUACGUAUAGGCAGCCACUUCCCCUAACUCAGACCGCAGAGGUUAUGCAGGCGGCAGACCAAGAUGUUCUGGUGUGGCAGAAGGUAGCGAGCCGUCGGCCGGACGAGGACGAGCGCCUCGACUUGCAGUCCCCCGAGAGUGUUCCACGCCCGUACCCGGCCAUGCCUCCACAGGUUUCCCCCGACGCCGGCCAGACAGGUAUAGGACAACCCACACCAACCCCUCAACACGCCGUCUCGUUCAGAGGCGGACUUCAAAUGUCCGGCUUUUCCGAGCACCACGCCAGCCCAACCGAAGUCCUCCAAGAAGCCGCGGUAGAAUAUGAAGACGACGAUUACUAUGACGUGGAUUCGGACGACGAGAUGGAGUUGUUGCCCGCGCAGGAGCAGGCCCUGGCUCAUGGUCAACAACGCGACUUUGAGUUGAUGAUGCAAAUCCACCAAGACAGCGUGAACGAAUUGAACGUCAGGCACUACAACACCUUCCUCUACUCGGGCAUCUUGGAUCAAUACCGCGCGGAACAGGUCGCGAAUCCGCUACGAAACCCACAGACUGCGCGUGUGUUUGCACACUUUAUCCAUGCCACCGGCCCCAGUCUUUCCAUCUUCGAGAGAAGAGUCCGAAAUGCCUCUGCCAUGUUCAGUGAACGUCCGGUCCACCCGAGUCAGCAGUCCUUGUGGACUUACACGCUUCCUAUGAUGGCGCUGAACCAUCAGGGUCUGCUUCACUCCAUGCUUGCCUUGUCCUCGCUGCACAUCGCCAAGUUGCAACGCGCUUCCGUCACGCCCUCGUUCAAACACUACGCUUACGCUUUGAAACGCGUACAUCACGCUGUGGGACACCCCAAGAAAAGACACCAUGUCACGACGCUGGCGGCCUCUCUCAUGCUUGGUCUUUACGAGGUGAUGACUGCCGAUCAUGUGAAGUGGACCAGCCACCUUUUGGGUGCGAAGCAGCUGUUCGUCGAGAUCGACUACGCAGGCAUGACAAAAGCGUGGCGCAAGAAAAAGGCGGAAGAAGAUGCGUUCGAGCGGAAUUUUGCCUACGAGAACCCCGGCCUGACCAUGCAGCAACCGCGGUACCUGAACAAGGAGCCGAGCAACCUACCGGAUGAAAGGGUCGUCAGCAACCUGACCGGCCGCCAGGUCCGCUACGACGACUUUGGAAAGGUUUUUGACGACCAGGGCAGAAGCGGUGCCAAGGCUCCAGAACCGGAUCUUACGCACUACGAGACAUAUCAAGAUUUGUGGUGGUGGUUUGUGAGGCACGACGGGUUCCAGAGCGCCAUCAGUGGCAAUGGGCUUCUGAUGGACUAUGCCAGAUGGUCAGACUGCCCACCACGCGCGCCCCUUGGCAAACCCGACGCACUGUACGGAACUCACGACCACUCGAUGCUCCUCCUCGGCCGCAUCUCGGAAUUCGCAUCAAGGGAUCGGGAAAGGAAGAUCCAGGCGGUACAAAUGAAUGGUGGUCAAUGGAGGCCCGGGCUGGGUCUGCCAGGACCUCCAGCAGGAUUUGGUCCUCCACCCGGUCAAUCUCCUCAGGCGCAGCGACCGGGAAUGCCUCCGCAACAAGGGCCACCGGGCGGUGGCGCACCGCCGCCACAGAUCCCGUUCUACGGAAUGGCGCCCAGUUCGUCGGCGCGGUACAUGCCUUCGGCCUUCAAACCAGAGCAGUCCCCCUCGCCCAACCCAACCGUCAAGCUCGAAGACCAGGCCAGCCUCCAAGCCGCCACCCAAAAGGCGGUGGCGGAAUGGCAGUCCAUCCGCGACGCCCUCUCGCACUACGCCGCGCACCUGGGGCCGGCCUUCGCGCCGCUCGCCGACGAGUUCACGACGCCGAUCCCCAGCCCGUUCGGGCCCGCGCUGCAGUACCGCAGCUUCGACAUCGCGGUGCUGUGGGCGCAGUACCACAUGCUCGAGAUCAUGCUCGCGCGGUCGCACCCGACGAUGCCGCCGGCGGCCAUGAUGGCGGCGGGCGUGGCGGCGCAGCAGACGGCGCGCCUCGCCACCGACACGGGCCGCAUCGUCGCGGGCAUCUUCAGCGGGCUGGGGCCCCGCGGCGCGCCGCUCAACCCGUCCAUCGGCGCCGCCCUCAUCGAGUGCAUCAUGCCCCUCUUCUUCGCCGGCAUCCAGUACGCCGACGCCGCCCAGCGCGACUGGCUCGUCGCCAACGUCAAGGACAUCGAGGCCCGCACCGGCUGGGCGUCGGCGGGGCUCGUCGCCAACGGCUGCCAGAAGGUGUGGGAGCGCGCCGGCCUCGCCGGCCGCGGCCCCCGCUACGACUACCGCCGCGAGGACCCCGGCACCAACCCGGACGAGCGCAUCAGCGGCCGCAAGGAGGAGCGCGCCGCGAGCGAGGGCAGGAGCCUCACGCUGGAGGAGGAGGAGGCGGCCAGGCAGGAGCUGAGCGACCGCAGGUACAUCUGGACGAAUCCCGGCACCAGGGUGCAUUGGGCCAUGGGCAUCUUGAGCGAGGAGCAGGACUUGAUCAGGCCGCCGGGCAUGUGA